AUGCAGGAGACAAGGUCACCCAUAAAAGCAGCGCCAUUGUCAGCAAUGCCUCUGCCUAUGUUCUUAAGAUCACUUCUUGUUGCCACGAUCUCGUCCAAGAAGUGGCUACUCGUUCCUUCUCUCCACCUCCUCGACUUCUUUGCAAAGCCGAACAGAACUUGGGUGUUCAAUCUCGACAAGAACCCCGUGCUAAAAGCCAUCAUCAAGAAGUCGUUCUAUGAUCAGUUUUGUGCAGGCACAACACCAGCCGAAACUAGAGCAUGUGUGAAGGCACUGAAGGAUAUGGGAUUCCGCGGUGUAAUCCUUACAUACGCACAGGAGAUGGUGUUUGACAGCAAGAGCGGUAAAGGGUACAGUUCCGGAGCUGUAGCGGAAGCCAAGGAGGAGAAGACGGGUGUCAAGAUUGACGAUGUUAUUGAGUCCUGGAGAACAGGUACUGUCGGUACCAUUGAUCUGAUCGAAGAGGGAGAUAUUUUGGCUAUCAAGACAUCUGGAGCUGGACCUGCAGUUGUCGACGCAUUCCACAAGGGCGAAAUUCCACCACAGCAGAUGCUCGAUGCUCUUGAUGCGAUCGGCACAAAGUGCAAGGAGCGCAAUAUCCAGAUUAUUGUUGAUGCCGAGUCUCAACACUUCCAGGAAGGGAUUGCUCGUGCUUCUCUCGAGAUGAUGCGCAAGUUCAACACCGAUGGCCGCGUUGUCGUCUAUAACACAUACCAAGCAUACCUCAAGAGUACUAGGUCGCUCAUCGCUUCUCAUCUCGCUGAGGCCGAGAAGGACGGCUUCACUCUCGGUCUCAAGCUCGUUCGCGGUGCUUACAUGGCUUCUGAUGAUCGCUCCUUGAUCCACGACACGAAACAAGACACAGACGACAACUACAACAGCAUCGCUCAGGGUGCCCUCCGCCAGCAGCUCGGCGAAUAUGGCGUCUCUCGUCCCUUCCCUUCGGUCAAGCUCUUUCUUGCAUCCCAUAACCGUGAGUCUGUCGUUUCCGCCCAGAAACUUCACGAGCAGAGGGUUGCUGCCGACCUUCCCACUGUUGAUGUCAGCUUCGGUCAGCUCCACGGCAUGUCCGAUGAAGUAUCAUUCUCGCUCCUUGCUGAGAAAGGCAACAAUGGUCAAUCACCUGCUGUCUUCAAAUGCUCGACAUGGGGGAGCAUGAGCGAGUGUAUUGGUUACUUGUCGAGGAGAGCAGUCGAGAACAGGGACGCCGUUCUGAGGACGAACGACGAGUACACAGCGCUUCGGAAGGAGGCCGGGAGAAGGCUGCGAUCUGUUUUUGGCGCUGCAUAA